ACUUGAAGCGCGAAUAUGAAAUUUAUUUAGCAUUAACCAACUUUGGCAUUAACCGACGAUUUUCGAUAUUAGAUUUUAUGCAACCAAAUAAUGGAUAGAAAUGGCGAAAGCAAAUACAGAAGUCAUUAUUGAAAUAUUUCAAGAAAAUACAAAGUUUCCAGCAGCAGCCUGUUAUGCGAGGAAUGCAAAGACUGCAGAAAUACAAAAUACUACUACUGAAAGUGCAAUUGCUUUAAAGGAUUCUCCACCAUUAAAGAAGGUCAAAUCAAAGCAACAAACAACUGUAGUUAACAAGUGGUUUAAUUCGCACGAAGAAGCCAAAAUGUUUAUGUGGGUUACUGCAGACUCGUUGGGAUUAAAGUUGCUAAACUGUCGUUCAAACAAAUAUAUUAGUUGGAAAAAAAAAGUAUAUUGUGAUGAAUCAAACAUACCAUACUUUACUGUUGAGAAAGAAACGUUUAAACUGGGGGAUCAAGUGAUACGAAUGCAUUGAUACCGAUGUUAAAAGUAGAAAAAUCCCCACACCACAAGAACAACCUAUUGGUGAAAAACAGAUUUGGCUGACAAGUUUAUCGAACAAUGAACCGUAUUUGUAAUUACUAUUUUGCACUUAAAUCUUCUUUGGUACAUCAGUUGAAUGGCAGAGUGACGAAAAGUAUCAAAGACAGAGCAAGUAUUGGUUUACGGGAUGCUAUUUCCCUGCAAAUGCCAAUUGUUCAUGAGACUGUUUACUUAAUAAAACAUCCAGUUUUUCAUGCUGCACAUUAUAAGCAGCCAUGUGUUUUAGGUGAAAUCCCAAUCAAACUUCAAGUAAGAGUUCUGAGAUGGAAAAGUGUGUCACUCUGUGGGGGAACUUGAAAAAUGUAUAAAACAAUUCGAAACUGACACUCUUACAAAGUUUGUUUUGUAUGCUGAUAGAAAAAAAGGUGAGAACUUGAAGUUGCUGCAUUAGUUUACUUUUUAUGUUUCAUGUAAAUAGAAUUGUAGAUCUCUUGAAAUCAGAAAUACUUUGGGACACAAACUUUCAGUACAUUAUGAUGUUUUUGAACACAAGUUGCUUCAACAAGAUGCAAAUCAAAAAGGGAAGAAAUGUCAUAUAAUCCGUGAGGGUCUAAAAAUUGGUGCAAGUAGCCUUGUUAGUGAAUUACUUAUUAAAGUAUCUUUACCGAAGACUGAAAUGCUCACUGGUCAGUGGUCAUACAUUUGGAGAGGUGAUCAAUCCACGUUUAUUUAAGAAACAAAUUAGAAAUAAAGGUUUACGCCAAACUGUACAACGUACUCCAGCAUUAGAGAAGUCUGCAGGUAACGUGGAACAAUUAGAUGCAGCAGUCAUCAACAGAAUUAAUAUGUUGGUCGCUCAAGGAGAGAAAUCCGUACCACUAAUUAAGGAAAAUUUUAAAAAGUUUGUGUUAGAAGAACUUUUUAAGGGUAAACCACCUCCUGCACUGACCAAUAGAAGAUAUUUCCCAACCUUAAAAUCAUCAGAAAAUGUUACUCUGUUGCUGUGAAACUUGAAAAACAAGUAAUACUUAAAGAGGAUUUUGUGCUUGAACCGGUCAUGUCUGAUUUGCUCAAUGUAAGCAAUAACACAACGGGAGUGAUUGCCACAAAUCAAACUGCCCGCUUAUUCGAGUUAGUUGACUUAAUAAAAGAUGCCAUACAUGAUGUUACUUUAGUGGAUACUUUAGUUCAAGCAGAGGUUUUGUUGCAGCAAACAUUACAACUUGUUCAAAGUUCCGAUGAGAACACUGAAAGUACUUUAAGCAACCAAACUAGUUCAUUAAACAAGAAAAGAAAACUUCCAACUGACACUGAAAGUACUAAUGAUCAACAACUAAAACGUCGCAGGAGUGAAACUAUUUUGAGAAAUCAUUCAGAUGAAGACAGAUUACAGCAACCACUUGAUAUUCAAACAACAUCCAGUGAUUCUGGGAAUGCAAUUGUUCAUGUCAUUGGUAGUGAUUCUGGGAAUGCAAUUGUUCAUGUCAUUGGUAGUGAUUCUGGGAAUGCAAUUGUUCCUUAUGUCAUUGGUGAAAGUAUUGAACAUACUAUGCAAGGUACAUCUCUAUCAAAAGUUGUGCUGGAUAUUAAAGUCAGUGAUCCAAACCAAGAAUUAUUAAAGAUAGGACCUUAUACAAUUACAUAUGGACAAUUGUUAACAUUGGAAUCAGAGUUGAGUAUAACAGAAUAUGAAUCUGCAUCAGCGCAUGAUCAUCACCUUACUUUUGGAUGGUUAUCUGAUGCCAUUAUUAACAGUUACUUAUGGCAGUUAUGUUCAAGUUAUGAUCAUGUGAUAUAUGCUGAUACAAAUAUUGCUGAGGUUAUGAAACAUGGUGGGUCCGUUAGUCAGUUAUGGCAAAAUGGUAAUUUGAAUGACAAAGCUUUGGCUUUUAUUCCAUGGAACCCUAGAGGUUUACAUUGGGUUUUACUUGUGAUUGACAUAAAACAACACAAACUUUUGUAUUUGGAUCCAAAUCAAUCUGAUGAUAAUAAUAAAAACAAGAAUAUGUAUAAAGCAAAAUCUGUUAUUGGAAAAUCAUUAAGGAACAAAUUUAACUUCUCUUUGUCUUCAAUUGCCACAAAUUUGUGCAAAACUUCCCAGACCGAUGAUUUUGGCUGUGGUGUGUACAUAUGCAUGUAUGCCCUAUGGUUAACAAAAGGAAUGAAUCUAAUACAACCUAAUAAACCACAUUUAUAUCGAAGGCAAAUAUUCAACACUAUAAUUAGACAUUGCUCACUUGGUAUUAAAAACAAAAGACAUUUGUAAAGUUUGUCGUUUUGAUGUUAAAAAUUCCAGCACUACCUCAAACUUAGUAUGUUAACAAUGUUCGACGUGUUAACUUUGGUAUUAUUGUAGUUGUCUUGAUUUAAGUGAUAAUCAAUUGCUUACUAUUUUUUCUUUACCCAGAAGCACGUUACUACCAAAAGUUUCUAUUGUUUUACAAAAUAAAAACAAAGUUUUUAUACAUGUUUUGAUAUUAUUUAUCCAUGUGCCUCCUUGAAUCUUUAACUGAUGCAAACUUUUCUUCCAUAUAAAGCUUACACUGUAUCAGACCGUUAUGAGGUCCUACACCCAUACAGACAGGCUAGAUUUUUGUUAUUGAAUCAAAGUAAUAGAAACACUUUUGUUCCAAUUUUUAAAAUCAAAUGACCUCACUAUGAUAA